UACGAAGUUCCGUUCCGUACUUCGUACAUACCCCGUACUCCGGAGGCAUGCUUUUGACUUGGAGGAUACGAAAUACGGAGUAUAUUUGAGGGGAAGUAUGACGUUUUGUGACAAUUGGGCAGGCGCCCCCCGCUGUUCAGGUACGCCGAGGACGUGCUACAACCACCAACCUCCCUCGCCUUCAAUAUGAAAUUCCCCUCCAAUGAACAAUCUUCUUCUAUACCACCCACCUUCACAUGCCCCCGUCCCAGCUGCAACAGCUCAUCACCCUUCUUUUCUUCAAGAUCUUCCAAGUCCCAACGAGCGGGGAAGAGUCAUCUGUCGAAUAACUGAACUGCACGAUGUGGACCGUCUAGACCGGACAAACACAACCGGACGGGACGGACGUGGUUCGAUUGGACAAGCUUCGCUGAGAUCCCCCCCCCCCGUUCGGAACGCCGCACAAUCGCACAACUACAACGCAACUGCACACCUAUUCAGUACAGUAGGAGAAGUUGUCACUUUAACGAAUAUUCUUAUUACUGUGGCAGACAGAUUCGCUUGGCCUUGGCCUGGAGGGGUCGGUUCCCCGCUAGCUUUCCCCGGUUUCAACUCCUUGCCCGCCAAUUCUCCUCAUUCUCAGCCUUCCUUUCUUUUCCCCUCUUCGCCUUCAAGUUUUUUUUCUUCUUUUCCUCCCAGCGACCCAUCCAACCUCUUGUCGACCCUCGAGGCCCAUGGCAGGUACUUGAGCGGCGGCUCCUUGUGCUGCGGUCCAUCUGGCCUGAUACGUCAGGACUCGGGUGCUGAUUGCUAAAUCCGCCAUCAUGCCUUUCUCCGUUCUGCGGCCUUUCGCAGCUCCCGGAGCUUGCUCUCUGGGAACAGUGGCACGCCUCGUCCCGUGGGCGACACAUGCUCGGGCCGCGA